GCCAGAAUCUUAUCAACAUUGUCAGCAAGUGAUCAAAAGAAAAAUGAGAGUACAAACACAUUAUUCUCCUCUGCAUUUCAGAGCACUACUGAUAAAUCUUUUCCUAGUUCAUUCUUUCUGGGCUGUUAUAUCAGCACAAGGAAAUGGACAACCUAUUGGCUUUGGCUAUAUUGUCCGAAAGGUAUCUGUGGUUAACUCCUCAUCGUCGUCGUUGUUUGCUGAUCUUCAACUCAUCAAGUCUUCCUCAGUGUUUGGACAAGAUAUUCAGAAUCUCAGGCUAACUGCAUGUUUUGAGACAAGUGACAGACUGAGAAUCCACAUAACAGACGCUGAUCAUACCCGAUGGGAAAUCCCACAAGACGUCCUUCCUCGUCCACCCUUACCCUCCGCGAAAAACUAUUUGCACAUGCCAGUAAGACACAAGUCCACACCAAAAAGCUAUCAACUCUCCAGCCCAAACUCAGACCUCAUUUUCACACUCCUAAACACCACCCCUUUUGGCUUCACCAUCACACGUCGCUCCUCAGGCGAUACUCUCUUCAGUACAGAGCCUGACGUGGAAAAUCCCAACUCAACAUUCCUCAUUUUCAAAGACCAGUUUCUCCAAGUCUCCUCUUCUCUCCCGGCCAACCAAUCUUCUCUUUAUGGCCUAGGUGAACACACAAAAAAAACAUUCAAACUUGCACACAAUCAAACGCUUACAAUGUGGAAUGCUGAUAUUGGGAGUGCAAAUCUGGAUGUUAAUCUAUAUGGUUCACAUCCGUUUUAUAUGGAUAUCCGGUCACCAGACUCUGGUGUCGCAGGGUCUACUCAUGGAGUUCUGUUACUUAAUAGUAAUGGGAUGGAUAUUGUGUAUGACGGGGAUAGAAUUACUUAUAACGUGAUUGGAGGUGUUCUUGAUUUGUAUUUCUUUGCCGGAACUUCUCCCAAGAUGGUGAUGGAUCAGUAUACACAGCUUAUUGGCAGGCCUGCACCAAUGCCUUACUGGUCUUUUGGGUUUCACCAAUGUCGUUGGGGUUACAAAAAUGUUUCUGAUGUCGAGGGAGUUGUUGACAGUUAUGCAAAAGCCAAAAUACCUUUAGAGGUUAUGUGGACAGACAUCGACUAUAUGGAUGCUUUCAAGGAUUUUACACUAGACCCCAUCAACUUCCCUGCAGACAAGAUGAUCAAAUUUGUUAAUAAGCUUCAUCAAAAUGGCCAAAGAUAUGUACUAAUCUUAGACCCUGGUAUCAGUGUGAACAAGACAUACGAAACCUACAUAAGAGGUAUGAAAGCUGAUAUUUUCAUAAAACGUGAUGGAACCCCUUACCUGGGUCAGGUUUGGCCAGGUCCUGUUUACUAUCCUGAUUUUAUAAAUCCGCAUGGCCAAACCUUUUGGGGUGAUGAGAUCAAUAGGUUUCGGGGUCUUGUCCUCUAUGAUGGGAUCUGGCUUGACAUGAAUGAGCAAUCUAAUUUUAAUACUUCACCAGCAACUUCAUCGUCCUCACUUGACAACCCGCCUUAUAAGAUCAACAACUUUGGAAGUCAGAGUUCCAUUAACACUAGAACCGUUCCAGCUUCUUCUAUACAUUAUGGUAACAUCACAGCAUACAAUGCUCAUAAUCUUUAUGGAUUCUUAGAAUCUCAAGCCACUAAUAAGGCCCUAAUCCAAACAACUGGAAAAAGGCCAUUCAUACUCUCGAGAUCAACUUUUGUUGGCUCAGGGAGAGUCACUGCACACUGGACAGGAGACAAUGCUGCCACAUGGGAUGACUUGGCAUAUUCUAUUCCCACUAUCCUGAGUUUUGGACUAUUUGGAAUUCCAAUGGUUGGAGCAGAUAUAUGUGGCUUUUCUGGAAACACAACGGAAGAACUUUGUAGGCGUUGGAUUCAGCUUGGAGCUUUCUAUCCUUUUUCAAGAGACCACUCUGCCAUUGAUGCUAAUCGUCAAGAGCUGUACCUUUGGAGCUCAGUGGCUGCAACAGCAAGGAAGGUUCUUGGACUCCGUUACAAGCUACUCCCCUACUAUUACAUGCUCAUGUACGAGGCACACUCGAAAGGGACCCCCAUUGCCCGCCCCCUUUUCUUCUCAUUCCCUGAAGACACACAUACUUAUGAAAUCAAUACACAAUUCCUUAUCGGUAAAGGUGUCAUGGUUUCACCAGUUUUGAGUCCAGGAGCAGUGACAAUCGAGGCUUACUUUCCAGCAGGAAACUGGUUCAAUUUAUUCAACUACUCCCUCUCAGUGAGCCUGGAACAGGGGAAAUAUGUGACUCUUGACGCGCCAUCAAAUGACAUAAAUGUACAUAUACGAGAAGGUAACAUAUUGGCAAUGCAAGGAGAAGCAAUGACAACAACACAAGCUAGGAUGACACCUUUCCACCUACUAGUUGCUGUCAGAAGAACGGAGAAUUCAACCGGUGAAGUGUUUUUAGACGACGGUGAGGCUGUGGAGAUGGGAAAUGAAGGGAGAAACUGGACUCUGGUGAGACUUCACAGUCAAGAAAGAGGUAAGAAAGUAGAGCUGCAAACAGAAGUUGUCAAUGCAGGAUUUGCGCUGAGUCAGAAGCAGAUUAUAGAUAAAGUGACAUUUAUUGGAUUGAAAAAUGUCGAUAAGCCUGUGAACUACAAGCUAACAAAUUCUGCAGGAGCAACACUACGAAGAAAAUCUUCUGUAACAGCUAACCAUGAUGGCAAUGGGGAGUUUAUGUGUGUUGAAUUGUCAGGGUUAUCAUUACUAAUUGGCGAAGAGUUUAAGUUAACCUUGAGUCUCUCUGAGGAAUGAUAAUCUGGUUUGAUUAACUACUAUGUAAUAGCCUUACAAAAGAUAAGCAGCUUCAGAGGUUGCACAGGUUGUUAAAACCCUGAGUUGAUGUUCUACACCUUCCUUGAGUGCACACAAUUACAUCUGAUAGAAAUAAUUGAAUUACCUAUGUUUGAUUGGUCA